CACAUUUCUACUUCAUUUCAUUGUUCCUUGCUUUCAAAAGAACAAGUAGUUACCCUUAGAGUAAAACAGAAGUCUCCUUCAAACCCUUUUCCUCGCCAAGACAUUCAUCAACCUUCAGCAAACUUUUUUAUUGCUCCACCUCACAAUGGUGAAGAGCGAGCACAAAAUCCAGUCAGAGGCUUCAAAACCAGUGGCAAUAUCAUCAACGCCUUCACCGUCAGCAAGCAAGAAGAGGAAAUACAAGGGAGUUAGAAUGAGAAGUUGGGGCUCAUGGGUGUCCGAGAUAAGGGCACCAAAUCAGAAAACAAGAAUAUGGUUAGGCUCUUAUUCAACUCCUGAAGCUGCUGCUAGAGCCUAUGAUGCUGCACUUUUUUGUCUCAAAGGCUCCGCAGCCGCUCUCAACUUUCCUAUUACUUCCUCGCAUUACAUUCCUGACACUGUUAUGUCCCCAAAGUCCAUUCAAAGAGUGGCUCCCCCUGCCGCUAAGAGUUUUGUAGACAAUCCCACCACCCCACAAGCAUCAUCACCUCCUCUUCCUUGUUCCUCCUCCUCCUCCUCGUCAAUCUCAUCCCCCCCAUCAGUGGUUUCCUCGCCGUCCGAUCAGCUUGAUGAUUAUCUAUCACUGAUGGAAUCUUUCGAGACCAACAAUGAACCAGUUUCAAUGCUAGAUUCCUGGUACAAUUUUGAUGGCUUACAAUCACCAAAGUAUCCUGAUCUCAAUUGGGUCUCAUUCAAUCCACCAAUGAUCGAUGAUUUAUACGAAGGGGAUCUUCGUCUAUGGAGCUUUGCUGAAUAGAACCUAAUCCAAGAUCAAGCCAAACCCAUAUCAUUCUUUUGUCCAUCUAUGAUAUUUGAUUUGUUCUUCCAUUGUAGCCUGGAGGCAUUACUGACAGUAACCUAAAGUUAUUAUAUAUAUAAUUAGUCUAUCGAGUUAGGAGAAAGAGACUCACAUGGGGAAAGUGAACAUUUUUUUGGACCAUCUCAUGUGGGUCUUAGAUAUUGAAUUUGUGUAGUAUUCAUUAUUUAAAGUGUGUUGCAUGCAAUAAGUAUUAAUUUUCU